UCCCUCCCUCCCUCCCUCCCUCCCUCCCGCCGCAGCCUGGACUCCGUUCGGCCGCAACUUCCUGCUGGGUGCUGGGGAGCCGCGCGCUUUUGGGGGUCCCUCGGAGUCUGGUGCUCGCAGCGGGCGGAGGUUGGGACCGCGGGGCGGCCAGCCGUGGGCGGGAGCGGCCGGCGGCCUUAGCCGCUUCCGAGAGCGACUUUCAAACUCGAGCCCGCUUCGCGGCGCCACCUGGGCAGCUCCGCGCGCCUGGCGCGUCGCGAGCCGGCGGGGCGGCCACCGCUUGGGCACUUAGCACUAUCCUGAAAUGUACUGUAUAUUUACUGGUGUGGCUGUUUUCCCUGCUGCCACCUAAAUUCAGCAAGAAGAGGCAAGAUCUCAUUCAAGCUGCUGGCUGCUCUGUCCCUAGCACCUAGCCUGUAAUUUAUACUGAGAUCAAACCUGAGUGUCCCUCUGCCUCUCCUGGGUGAACCUCCCCGAGGUGACAGUCCCAGGCAGCGAUGCCAGGAUGCCCGUCUCUACUGCCCUCCACCAAGAUGGCAGCCAGGAGCGGCCGCCGAGCCUAAUGUCCACCACGUCUUCAUCGGGCUCCUCCCGUGACAGCCACAGUGCCAUGGAGGAGGCCACUGGCUCCGAGGCUUCAGCCCAGAAUGGGACAGGCUCCCCUUGGGACCGGCAUGCUCCCAACAGCAACAACAACUCCAGCAGCUGGCGGAACAUGAAGGGACCGCUCUCCCCGUUCAACGGCCGCGCAGGAACAGGUCCUGCCCACCACAAACUCAGCUAUCUGGGCCGGGUGGUGCGAGAGAUCGUGGAAACAGAGCGCAUGUAUGUGCAGGACCUGCGGAGCAUUGUGGAGGACUACCUCUUGAAGAUCAUUGACACUCCCGGGCUCCUGAGACCAGAGCAAGUCAGCGCCCUCUUCGGGAACAUAGAGAGCAUAUAUGCCCUGAACAGCCAGCUUCUCAGAGACCUGGACAGCUGCAAUAGUGACCCAGUGGCGGUGGCCAGCUGCUUCGUGGAAAGGAGCCAAGAGUUUGAUAUAUACACCCAGUAUUGCAACAACUACCCCAACUCAGUGGCCGCCCUCACAGAGUGCAUGCAAGACAAGCAGCAGGCCAAGUUCUUCCGGGACCGCCAAGAGCUGCUGCAGCACUGUCUGCCUCUGGGCUCCUACCUGCUCAAGCCAGUCCAGCGCAUCCUCAAGUACCACCUGCUGCUGCAGGAAAUUGCCAAACAUUUUGAUGAGGAAGAGGAUGGCUUCGAGGUGGUAGAGGAUGCCAUUGACACCAUGACAUGCGUGGCCUGGUACAUCAAUGACAUGAAGAGGAGGCAUGAACACGCAGUUCGGCUACAGGAGAUCCAGUCACUACUCAUUAACUGGAAGGGACCUGACCUGACCACCUAUGGGGAACUGGUCCUGGAAGCCACCUUUCGUGUGCACCGUGUGCGCAAUGAGAGAACUUUCUUCCUCUUUGACAAGAUCCUGCUCAUUACCAAGAAGCGAGGCGAUCACUUUGUCUACAAGGGCCACAUUCCGUGUUCCUCACUGAUGCUGAUCGAAAGCACCAGAGACUCCCUGUGCUUCACCGUCACCCACUAUAAGCACAGCAAACAACAGUACAGUAUCCAGGCCAAGACAGUGGAGGAGAAACGGAGUUGGACUCACCACAUCAAGAGGCUCAUCCUGGAGAACCACCAUGCCACCAUACCCCAGAAGGCCAAGGAAGCCAUCUUGGAAAUGGACUCAUAUUAUCCCAGUAGGUAUCGCUGUAGCCCGGAGCGGAUAAAAAAGGCUUGGUCCUCCCAGGAUGAGGUGUCUGCCCACGUGCGCCAUGGACGUCGGCAGUCUGAGCCCACCAGACACCUGCUCAGACAACUGAGCGAGAGAGCAGCCAGAGCAGUGGGAAUGAAGCAUGCAGGCAGUGCUGGAGCCCUCUUGGACUUCGGGCAGCCACCCCGUGCACAGGACCAGCAGCCAGAGGCUGAGGGGGCUACCAGAGAGGAGCUUGAGGAAGAGGAGGAGGAAGAGCAGCAGCAGCAGGCCUUCCCGGUCUCCCUGGAGGAGCUGGCGGGGCAUGAUGGCGGGGAGAAGGUGCCCGGGCCAGAGCUCCCGGGCUCAGAGGAGGAGGAAGCGGAGGAAGAAAGUCUAGCAGUGGCGGAGCAGGUAGCUGACUUCGCCAGCUCCCUGCUGGCCGCCCUCCACUGCUGGCACUAUCGGGCCAACGCUUUACUUUUCUCCCGGGGUGCUAUGGGGAAGAGACACAGGGAGACUGAAGGCUCUAAAAGCUGCAGAAGGCCCAGUAACCGGUCUCCAACCAAUGCGGAGAAACACAUGAGCUUUGAGUCUGUUUCUUCCCUGCCAGAGGUCGAGACAGAUCCUGAGCCUGGGUCCGAGCAGGAGGCCUUUACUGCCUUGGAAGGUCCCAGCACUGAGGAGAUGCCUUCAGACCCGGAAUUUCCAGAAGCCUUGGAGACCCAGCUUCAUGCCCCCAAGGGGCUGCUGGGAGUGGAUCACCCAGCUGAUGUGGUGGACUUUGUGGAGCCUGAUGGGCCUGAAGACCUGAAGGCCCUGAGUAGUGAGGAGGAGGACGAGGAGGAAAUGGAAGCCGCCCAGGAACCCGAGAGCCUCCUGCCACCCUCUGUGCUGGACCAGGCCAGUGUCAUUGCUGAGAGGUUUGCCAGUAGCUUCUCUCGGCGGAGCAGCCUGGCAGUAGAGGAUGGCAGGGCCAGCGGCCUAGGGACACCGCGGCUUAUCAGCCGAAGCAGCAGCGUGCUGAGCCUGGAGGGCAGCGAGAAGGGUCUAGCUCGAUGGAGCAGCAUUGGGGACUCCCUCAGCAACCCACCCACCCCAGAAGUGGUCACUGGUGCAGAUGUGACCACAGACAAUGGCCCCUCUGUCAAUGGGACAGAAUCUCCAAGUUCAGGCUCAGGCUGCCCCACGGAACAGGACGGAUCUUCCUGCAAGAAAAAAGAAUCAGCGUUGUCUACCCGGGACCGGCAGCUGCUGGACAAAAUUAAGAACUACUAUGAAAACGCAGAGCACCAUGACGCCAGCUUCAGCAUCCGCCGGCGGGAGAGCCUCUCCUACAUCCCUAAAGGACUGGUGCGCAGCUCUGUGUCCAGAUUCAACAGCCUUCCCAAGCCAGAUUCAGAGCCAGCAGCUCCAGUUGGGUACAAGAGGCUGGGGAGUUCUCGGCCAGCCUCAUGGACCUUGUUUGACCUCCCAGGUCCCAGCCGAACAGAUGAAGGGGACCCAGCUCCUGUCACAGAUGCUGAGUUCCGCCCAUCUUCAGAAAUUGCAAAGAUAUGGGAAAGAAUGGAGUCUUCGGAGAGAAGUCCACGGACAGGGUCUGGCCAGAGUCAGGCCAAUGGCUUUGAGCUGCAGGAACCACUGUUCAUCUUGGAGGAGCAUGAGCUGGGGGCCAUCACUGAGGAAUCUGCUGUCGCCUCUCCAGAAAGUGCCUCCCCCACCGAGCAACCCAACCCAGCCCACCUGGCCCAGGAGCUGAAAGAGCUGGUGAAGGAGCUGAGCAGCGGUGUCCAGGGGGAGCUGGUUACCCCGCUGCACCCCCGUAUUGUGCAGCUCUCCCACGUGAUGGACAGACAUGUGAGUGAGCGUGUCAAAAACAAGGUCUACCAGUUGGCCCGCCAGUACAGCCUCCGGAUUAAGAACAUCAAGGCAGCUAGGCCACCUCUGCCGUGGGAAAAAGCCACUCCUGACAGGGAUGAGCAGAUCCCUUCUGUUUCUGGCCUGCCUGAGGAAGCUGGAGAGCUGUCAGGGGGCAAAGCCAGGAGGAAGCCUGUGCUAUCCCUCCUUAGCUAUGAGCAGCUGGUGGCUCAGGAGCAUGGCACCUCCAAGUCUUCCUCUGCUGUGGAGACCUCUCCACGCCGUUUCUCCUUCAGCCCUUCUGCCGUCAGCCCAAGAACCACCCCGCCUGGGUCUCGGUCCUCUGCUCGGAGCCCCCUCAGCCCCUUUGACACUGAGACCUUCAACUGGCCUGACGUCCGGGAGCUCUGCUCCAAAUAUACCUCCCACGACAAGAUUGCUCAGGCCGAGAGCAGCUGGCCCCGUGGCCCGCUGGUCAAUAGGAGCCGCUCCUUGCCUGAGAACAUUGUAGAACCUCCUGUGUCGGGCAAAGUGGACCACUGCUGCAGCCUGGACACUAACAGGCACCAAGGAGAUGGGGAGGCCUCCCAGCCUCCGCCUCCUGAGUCUCCUCCCCAAAGCCGGCUGAAUGGAGGUGAGACCCUGUAUGUCACUGCAGACCUUACCCUGGAGAACAACCGUCGAGUGAUCGUCAUGGAGAAGGGGCCCCAUCCCAACUCCACUGUUGAGCUGGAGGGAGACAGUGGGAAGGAACCAAGUUACCCAGUGGCUUUGAAGGGACAGGGCCAAGGUUCCCAGGAGUCUGCAGAGCACCAGCCCAAAGAAGACGGUCCCAGGGACUCAGCAGACACAAACAAACAGGGUCGAGUAAGAAACCUGAGGGAGAAGUUCCAGGCCUUGAACUCUGUGGGUUGACUGACUCCUGAAGGAGAGAACAGGCAUGAGGUGGAAAGGACUGGCUCCUAAGGCUGUUCCUCCAUUCUCUGGAAGAGUGGUUUGGGAAACAUGUGUGAACUCACCUGCUCCCUGUGCUGGCAACUCCCCUCCCCUGGGAGGUCCUGUGAUGACUUUCCUUAGGUCCAGAUGAGCCACUUACCUUCUCUGUAAAUCCUUCUCUGAUAAGAAGCCUACUAUUUUAUUUAAGCUUAUUCUGCCCAGGGAGAGCAAGCACUGCUCUGGCUUUUCUUACUGGCUGGCUGAGAACCCAAGGGAGACUUAGGAAAGAGCCUGGGCAGGCUUUGCCCUUUAACUGCCUUGUCAUAGGACCCAGGCAGGAACGAGGCCAAUAAUUUAUUGCUUUAUAUCCUGUGGUGUGUGUGUGCGUGUGUGAGUAUGUGUGUGUCUUGUAAAGAAUGUAACGGACUUAGUUCAGGAACUCUUGAAGGUUGUCUUGCUGGCCCUGUGGUUGUUGCUAAUGUACACACAUUUCAUUAUUUACCUAUGGUGCAAUAACCACUGCUGACCCACCAACCUGUGUGUGGCCUCCUUACUUACUGGGUUGCUCAUUCAAUGUCCAGGCACAGCAAAACAGAAGAUAGCAGGGCGCUCCCAGGCCAGGUGGGGUACAGAGUGUGAGGUGGGACCUUGUUCUCCACCGCGGCUGCCUCUGUGCAUUGCUUUGUCCACCCAAUGGUGUGAUGUUCUAUCUGGGGUGAGAAUCCUACAUGGGAAUCUUUAGCUCUUUUCCCAAAGACAAAGUUGUUCUAAAAAGCUGGAGCCGACAGGCAAGUGGAGCCCUUCAGAUAAACAGGGCAUUUUACGCAUUUCCGCCUCUCCGGUUCCCAGGAGGAGGCGAGGGUCCUAAGGUUGCGGCUUGGCAGUGUCCUAAUGUGGCCUGCGGCGUUAUGGAGUGUAAGUGAAUUUUAUUAGAAUGGCUCCCGUCCUCACAGCAUCCACAGCAGUGCCUGGUUGCACAAGGCCAGGAAGGCCCCCAUUUCUAAGUCUAAGUGAGCUCUUUUCUCCACAGACCAGCUCUACUUUGUUUGGUUUGUUUUGUCUGGGGCCAGAAAGGAGGGGACUGUAGGGCCUUGGUGACAGAGAGGUUAGUUCCUCUGGUGUACCUGAAAGUCUGCAGAGAGUAAGACCUGGGGAUCUUCCAACCUAGGAGGAUGGAUUGGAUCUGAACCCAGAACCAUCAACCCUCACCCUGGUAUCCAGUGAGUGGUGGUCUCCUGGGCAGGGACAGAGCAGGACUGCAGUAGCCCAUGUCCUGUCUGUCCUCUGCAGCCACUGCCAAUCACUGAGAAGACAGCUACUGUUUCUGAGCAGGCCUGUCCCAGGAUAUGACACCUGAUAGUGGCCAUAAAAGCAUUGAAUAGGUGACUCAAAGUCUUGUCCCAGCCUUGCUACCAGCCAGUUGGAUCACCCAACUUUCCUCAUCUACAGAUUGAAGGCAGGAUGAGUCAUUGUUUCUCAAACUCAGUGAUGGCAUGCAGGGGUGGAGCCUGGGCAGGUGUAGCUAAUGUCUUUCAGAUGAGCCUCACAGCCCAUGUGUAGGUGUGCCGAGGACAGGGACAGUUGUAUUCGCUGGCUCCUAUUAGAAUUAUCUGAAGACCCUCUGAAACCUGGCAGCCCCAUGUGCCACCCAGGCCAAACAAAACUGCCCCCCUGAAGAUGGAUCCCAGGACAGAUAGGGGAUCAGGUUCUUGCUCCCAGUAGUUAACAGCCUGAGCAGUAGAUUGCUUAGAGACAACUUUGCCCUAGAGUUGAUUGAACUCAUGAAUGAGCAAGCUUCCUCAGGAUCCCAGAUGGGAUCUAGGGCCUGGGCACCAGCAUCCCAUAAUAUGCUCAGGAACAAAGUAAA